UUCCGGUUCCUUUUGCACUCCGCCUUCAGCCGGACGUAAUGUGUUCGCGGCUGAGUGCAGGCUUCUCUUCUUCUUGAGCUGAGUUUCCAAAGUUAGCGCUACUUAACAAAGCUGACCCUGAUUCUUCGUUACUACUGGUUGGAAGCCAAGUGAAACAAUGAAUUACCAGCAAAAUGACAAUUAUGCCUACUCUCAGUACUACCAGCAGUAUCAGAACUAUUACUCACAAUGGGGCUAUGACCCCUACAACAGCUACAAUUAUAAUUAUGGCUCAUACUGUCCUACAACGAUGGCCCCAGGGAUGAAUCCUUCUGUGACAGCAGCAUCAGGAACAGCAGAAGCCCAGAUGUCUGCCGAGUACCAACAGAAUUUGGCAUCAGCAGAUGUAGAAGAAGAACCUGUUGAAGAUCCAGAACUGCAGAUUGACGUAGACGCCGCAAACAGGCAGUACAUCGAGCAAAGUGAAGAACUUUAUGAUUCGCUUAUGAACUGUCACUGGCAGCCACUGGAUACGGUCACAUCUGAAGUUCCAAAUGUAAGCAAGUACUGAAGAUCACAGAGAGGGUGGUCCAGGUGAAAUUCCUGAAUUCGAUGUAUAAGUAUUUUUUACAAAAUGUUUUUCUUUAGUUUUAACCGCGAGAUAAAAGUUCUAAUUGUAUAAAGUCGACACUGUUCCAUAUUGAAUAUAUAGAUUUCUGUAUUUCUAUUGUAUAAAAGCAGCAAAAUGUGAAAAUUACAUUUUAUUGAUUGUUAGAAUUCUGUUAUACAUGUAAAUGUUUUUUUUUCCCAAUGUAUUUAAAUAUAUUUUUACUUCAAGGAGAAAUGUGCCAUUCUUAUUGCAUCUGUUGUAUCGUUCAAGCAUAGAAAGGGAAAAAGGAUAAAAGUAAAUUACAAGUGGACUCCUCAAA